CCUCUUUCUUCCUCCUCUCUCUCUAUCUCUCUCUCUCUCUCUCUCUCUCUCUCUCUGUCUUACUCACUCAGAUCCCUAACAUUAAAGAGAAAAUGCUGCUAUCCGUGACUUCCAGGCCUGGGAUUUCGACUUUGGGCUACAGUAGAAACAACAAGAAGCCAUAUGUGUCAUUGGCUCAGCAGAUGGCACCACCUAGCCCAAGCAACAGUACCCCUAACAGCAGCAGUGGAAGCAAUGGAAAUGACCAGCUGAGCAAAACCAACCUAUACAUCCGAGGAUUGCAACCAGGCACUACUGACCAAGAUCUUGUCAAGCUGUGUCAGCCAUAUGGCAAGAUUGUCUCCACUAAGGCCAUACUGGACAAGACCACAAACAAAUGCAAAGGCUAUGGCUUUGUAGAUUUUGACAGCCCUUCAGCAGCACAGAAAGCUGUAACAGCACUGAAGGCCAGUGGGGUACAGGCACAGAUGGCAAAGCAACAGGAACAGGACCCCCCAAAUUUAUACAUCUCUAACCUCCCACUGUCAAUGGAUGAGCAGGAACUGGAGGGGAUGCUGAAGCCCUUUGGCCAGGUUAUCUCCACCUGUAUCCUUCGAGACACCAGUGGGACCAGCAGAGGGGUUGGCUUUGCAAAGAUGGAGUCCACAGAGAAGUGUAAAGCCAUCAUCACCCACUUUAAUGGAAAAUAUAUUAAGACACCCCCUGGAGUACCGGCCCCAUCCAAUCCCUUGCUUUGCAAAUUUGCUGAUGGCGGGCCAAAGAAACGACAGAACCAAGGAAAAUUUGUGCAAAAUGGACAGGCCUGGCUAAGGAAUGGAGACAUGGGUAGCAUGGCCUUGACCUAUGACCCCACCACGUCUCUUCAGAAUGGGUUUUACCCUUAUAACAUCACCCCCAACAGGAUGCUUGCUCAGUCUGCAUUCUCCCCAUACCUUUCCUCUCCUGUGUCUUCGUAUCAGAGAGUGACUCAGACAUCUCCUCUAAAAGUACCUAACCCAUCUUGGAUGCACCACCAUUCAUACCUCAUGCAACCUUCAGGUUCAGUUCUGACACCAGGGAUGGACCAUCCUAUUUCUCUCCAGCCAGCCUCCAUCAGCAGCACAGGGUCGGACAUUAUGUCGACGGCUGCAGCUAUACAAGGAGCUUACAUCUCCCACAGGUACGCCCCUGUGCCUUCUUCCAGUGUUUCAAUCAAGGAGAGCAGCAGCCAGCAGAACCAUGAGGCGAUGGACGUGCCCUCAGAGCAUGGGGUCUAUUCUUUCCAGUUCAACAAGUAACAGUGGGCCUGGGCCUGGAAAAAGAAAUCUCUACGUUCCUGCCCUCUGCUCUUUCCCCAUUGCUGAUGGAGCCUGGGGGAACCAUCACUUUUUGUGUGUACUACAUUCAAGGAAAUCCAAGAAACUUUUUUUCUUUUGCAAAGAAAGUUUUUUGUUUUUAACUGCAAUGUACUGUUCCCUACCCUGAAGAGCCAUGGUGGUUGGAGCUUCUUCUCGUCUAUAUGAAAAAGUUUUUGAUGUAAAAAAAAACAAGAAACUGGGAAACUUUACUGCAUCAAAAAUCUUACUGUAUAGGCUGGACAGCAGAUGAAUAUUGCUUUUCUAUAAAGGAAUUCGAAGAAUCAGAAAUUGUAGGCUGGGAGAGGUGGCUUACGCCUGUAAACUCAGUGCUUUGGGAGGCCAAGGUGGGUGGAUCACUUGAGGUCAGGAGUUUGAGACCAGCCUGGCCAACAUGGUGAAAAACCAUUUCUGCUAAAAAUAUAAAAAUUAGACAGUUGUGGUGGUGUGUGCCUGUAAUCCCAGCUACUUGGGAGGCUGACGCAGGAGAAUCGCUUGAAUCAUUGCAGUGAGCUGAGAUCACGCCACUGUAUUCCAGCCUGGGUGAC